AUGGCAGCAAGCAAGGCAACUCGCCUAGGUGAAGAGAUCUGGAAAACACGCAUCGACAAGGUGAACGCUGAGCUGGUGACUUUGACAUAUGGAACAAUCGUCGCCCAGCUAUGCAAGGACUAUGACAGCGACUAUGUGGAGGUCAACAAGCAGCUGGAUAAGAUGGGAUACAACAUCGGCCUCCGUCUGAUUGAAGACUACUUGGCCAAGUCAAAUACAAUGAAGCGGUGCUCGAAUUUUCGCGAAACGGCAGAUAUGAUUGCACGAGUUGGCUUCAAGAUUUUCUUGAACGUUACGCCCCAAGUCACCAACUGGACGACGGAUAACAAACAGUUCUCGUUGGUAUUUGACGAGAACCCAUUGGCAGACUUCGUGGAGCUGCCCGAUGAUGGGCGCGCGCAGGACGAGCUGUGGUACUCCAACAUCUUCUGCGGUGUGUUGCGCGGAGCUUUGGAGAUGGUGCAGAUGCAGGUGGAGGCACACUUUAUCAGCGAUGUCCUGAGAGGCCAUGACACAACAGAGAUGAGGGUAUCGUUGAUACGAUACAUUGACGACGAAUUGCCACCAGAAGACGACUGA